UUCCGAGUUACCAUUCUUUUUAAAGCUUUAUCAUAUGUAUGAUAUUUAUAUUUAUUUCUAGAGCUAACAGAUGAUGGAGUUUGUUUAACACCAGGCUGUGUGGUUGCAGCUGCUCGUGUACUUAAUGGAAUUGACACGUCUGUAAAUCCUUGUGACAACUUCUAUACAUUUGCUUGUGGAUCGUGGAUAAAGAGCAAUGUCAUCCCUGAGCAUAAAAGUUCAGUAAGUGUUUUUGCGGAGGUUCGAGAAAAAGUUGCAGUCACUGUCAAAGGGUUGUUAGAAGCCGAUAACAAUCAAAAUCAUCCAAAGGUGGUCCAAAAGGCAAGGGACUUUUACAAAUCAUGUAUGAACCAAGAUGCCGUGGAAGAGUAUGGACUUGGGCCCAUAAAGGAGUUUAUUGUAAAGUUUGGCGGCUGGCCAGUUCUAGGCUCUCAACAUGGCGGACGUUGGUCUGAAAAUAAUUUCAGUGUUGAAGAUUUGUUGGUAGAAUCUGUACGGCAAGGGAAUAGCAUGCCGCUGAUACAUUUCAGCAUCAACAAAGAUUUAAAACAAUCUGUAUCUAACAUAAUAAUUCUCUCUUCUCCAUGGCUUGGGAUGCCAAGUCGUGAGUAUUACCUGACAGACCGUGAAAGUAAGUAUAUAACGGCGUAUCAGAGGAUGCUUGAAGAAAGUUAUGUAGCGUUUGGUGCUGAUCCUGACACUGCCGCGGAUGCCGCUAGAGACGUCGUAGACUUUGAAAUAGAAAUUGCUAAUAUAACCAUCCCGUUACAGAAAAGCCGGAAUCCAAAGUACUAUUACAACAAAAUGACUGUCAGAGAAUUAAUCAAUAAAUAUAAAGGGAUUGACUGGCUGAAACUAAUUAAUGGAACAAUGAACAUCGUUGGAAUGUCAAUAAAUGAAUCAGAACAAGUACUAGCUUCAUCACGUGACUAUUUUGAGAAAAUCGGUAAUGUUCUAGCCAAAUAUCCUUCGAGGGUUCUCGCAAAUUACUUGGUCGGCCGUAUCAUUUUAAAUGGGGACGUAUUAUUUUAUCCUAAAACACUUAAGGACAUUUACCUUAGAUUUAAACAGGUAUUCAGCGGAGCCUCACGAGAAUCUCCCAGAUGGCGGGACUGCGCAGACCUUGCCAAAAAUGAUUUCCCGGAAGUCGUUGGUCGUCUGUUUGUCGAAGAAGCAUUUGGUGAAGACGCACAAAAAGAUGUUCUAGAAUUGGUUGAAAAUCUUAGGACGGCAUUUUUGAAUAUGGUCGACGACAGCACGUGGUUAGAUGACGUCACAAAACAAACUGCAAAAGAGAAGGCGGAAUCUAUGGAAACACUUAUUGGUUAUCCAGCAAUUACUUUCAACGACGUUGCUCUGGAGACGUAUUAUGAGAACGCAACUGUUGACAACGGAGACCCGUUUGGAACAAAAGUAAGCAUUGACAAGGCCGACAAUGUUCGUAUGCUGCAAACACUUCGCCAACCAUAUGAUAGAGCAAGAUGGUAUAAUUCGGCUGCAUCUGUCAAUGCGUUCAACAUGUUUCUCACCAAUCAGAUGGUUUAUCCAGCAGCCAUUCUUCAACCGCCAUAUUACUCGUACGACCAACCUGAGUACUUGAAUUAUGGUGGAAUAGGUAGUGUUAUAGGACAUGAAAUAACACACGGGUUUGAUGAUAGAGGUCGACAUUUUGAUAAAAAUGGACAAUUAGUUGACUGGUGGACGACUUAUGAUGAAACAGAAUUCAACAAGCGUAAACAGUGCCUGGUUGAUCAGUACAACAAUUUUACAGUUUCUGGUACGGACGGAAUGAAGAUUAAUGGAGAACUUACGGCUGGAGAAAAUAUUGCAGAUAAUGGCGGAAGCAAGGAAAGCUUUAAGGCAUAUCGUAAUUGGGUAAAAAGAAGCCGGCAAGGUAUAGAAGAGCAGAAACUACCUGGGUUAGAUUAUACACCUAACCAAUUAUUUUUUCUGAAUGAAGCACAGGUUUGGUGUGGUGACAUGAAGAAUGAAGAAAAAAUUAAACAAAUUCAUACGGACCCUCACAGUUAUUUCAUGUUCAGAGUGGUAGGACCUCUACAAAAUUCAGUGGAGUUUUCGAAAGCCUGGAAUUGCCCGAUCGGUUCUUACAUGAAUCCCCCGGACAAAUGUUCGGUUUGGUAGACCACAACCGAGAUAAGGAGUUGUUCUGAUACAUUGAGACGUGUACAAACGAAUGAUGUUAUCCUCGUAUUAACCGCUACCUUGUAUUAUGUAUUUGCAUUCUAUUACUUCAAAUUAAAAGAAAACAAAUAAUAAG